GCUGCGGCCCGCGAUGCGGCGCCUGGGCUCGGUGCAGAGGAAGGUGCCCUGCGUAUUUGUGACGGAGGUGAAGGACGAGCCGUCGGUCAAGAGGGAGCACCAGCCAUUUAAAGUUUUGGCUACAGAAACUAUAAAUUACAAAGCAUUAGAUGCAGAUGUAUACAAUGCAAUUCCCACUGAAAAAGUAGAUGGAACGUGUUGUUAUGUCACUACCUACAAAGGUCAGCCAUACCUGUGGGCUCGAUUAGAUAGAAAACCAAACAAGCAAGCAGAGAAAAGGUUUAAAAGAUUCCUGUAUUCAAAGGAAAACUCAAAAGAGUUUAUUUGGAAUGUUGAAGAGGACUUCAAAUCUGUUCCAGAGUGUUGGAUUCCAGCAAAGGAUAUAGAACAGUUAAAUGGAAAUCCAGUGCCUGAUGAAAAUGGGCAUAUACCUGGUUGGGUUCCAGUGGAAAAAAAUAACAAACAGUAUUGCUGGCAUUCUUCUGUGGUCAAUUAUGAAUUUGAACUUGCUCUAGUAUUGAAUCGCCAUGCUGAUGACCCUGGACUUUUGGAAGUCAGUGCAGUGCCACUGUCAGAUCUCUUGGAACACACACUGGAGCUUAUAGGCACAAACAUUAAUGGAAAUCCUUAUGGAUUAGGAAGCAAAAAGCAUCCAGUACAUCUUCUUGUACCACAUGGAGCAUUUCAGAUAAAAAACCAACCUACACUGAAGCAUAAUGACCUUUUGUCUUGGUUUGAGGGCUGCAGAGAAGGAAAAAUUGAAGGAAUAGUUUGGCACUGCAAUGAUGGCUGUUUAAUCAAGGUUCAUCGUCAUCAUCUUGGUUUGCGGUGGCCCAUUCCAGAUACUUACAUGAAUUCACGACCAGUUGUUAUCAAUAUGAACAGGACCAAAUUUGACUGUGCUUUUGAUUCCAAGUGUUUGUUUAAUCAUUUUUCAAAGCUCGAUAAUCAGAAAUUUGGCAGACUCAAAGAUAUAAAACUGGAUGUCUGAAUUUGAAGUGAAAAUGCAAUUGAAAAUCAGCUAUAUUAUCUUUAUUACUUUUGAACAUUGAGUCUUUGUCCUGGCUGAAUAGUGAAAUAUCUCAAGAGCACAUUUACUGAAUUACCUGCCCACUAGUGUUCAAAUGAAAUAUGACCAGUUCUUUCAACUACACACAUUUCAAAGUUAAUUAGGGACAAUUUUUUUUUUAACUUUCAGUCUUAAACGUAUAAAUCCUGAGGCUUGUGACACAAUAGAAAUUAUAAGACUUAAUUAGUGCAUAUGUAUAGGAAGGGUUUAUAAGGACAACAGUUUUGUAUUUUUUUUUCCUUUUUUAAACAAUGACUACAUUAGACCAACGAUGUUUGUAUCAUUUAUUUGCAAAGUUAGGCCAUAAAUGUUGUUGGAUAUCUUACUUCAUGACCUUUUCUGUAGUAACACAUCACUUGGGAAUCAAAUAGAAAAGCUAACCAAUCUCAUUUAAGCAGCACCACAGUAUUUAUUAAAAAAAAAAACAAAAACUUUUAA